CAUCUAUACACGCCAAUCAUAUCGCUAGAACGAUAUCUCCAAACUUUCUGCUAGAUGACCCGAAUGACUGCCUGUUCAGGCAAAGAUUGAGGGGUAGCAACGGGCACCUAAUUUCAACAUGGGCUGUUGCGCAUCUCGUCAGACCGACGAAGCACCAGGUGCCGCGCGAGCGCAUUCGUCGUCGUCGCGCCACAACAUCACUGCACCCUCGACACAACGCAGUCCAUCCACUUCGCCGCGCGCGUCGCAUAUCUCACACGGCAACCAUGCGCUUCCUUCUUCCUCUUCCUCUCCGCCUCCAGUGCAAGCCAUCGAGCGCCCCAACACCCCGCUGAAACCCAUUCAGCCCUUCCAACGCUCCCGUCUUCCCAACACCCUCGCUGCCGCUGCCGCUGCCGCAACCACGAAGCCCAGCUCCCGCGUUAAACCGCUGACUGACCCCACGGCGCUCAAGUGGACGCGCGCGCGCCUGGAGAAAGAGCGUCAGGACUGGUGGGAUACGCAGGUCACGGGGUCGCCUGAGAUAUGGGGCGCUAUCCGUCUGGCUGCGCAGCACCUGCAGGCUGGUGAGCUACAAGAGGCGCAGACGAUGCUCGAUGUCACGGGGUGCACGUGUCCGACGGGGCUAGCAUGGCGCGGGGUGUUUGAUGCGACCGGCGUGCAGUACAAGGUUCCCGAGUGGGUGGUUGUCGAGCCUGAGGGAGUAGUUGAGGAGGAUGAAGAUGAGGAGGGGGUGGGUGCUGAGGUUGAGGAAGAAGAGGAGGAUGAGGGCGACGAGGAAGUGGAUGUGAGGGUAAGGACGAGCCAUGAUUCUAAGGAUGUGACGAUUCGGGUGCAUAGGAAGGAGAGUGUUGCAAAGGUCAUAGAGAAGAUAAAGGAUGAGGCCAAGCUCGGCCCUUUUGCCAGAAUCCGGCUCGCAUAUGGCGGGCGCGUGUAUCACGAGCACGAGAGCUUGGAGGCCCAUCCCCAUUGGAACUUUGAUAAUCAGUUUGUUAUAUCCGGCUUUGUGUUUCUCUGAAUCUACGGUAAUGUAGGUGGGGAAGGGCGUAUGUACUUGUGAGUAAUUCCCGUGACGGAGACUAAUUUAUAAUGUUUGUCAACUUGAU